UGUGUGUUUUAAAAACAGACUUUACAAACUACGUAACAAGCAGAGGAUCUCAGUGUCCGCAGCCUCCAAACUCCUGUCCAACAUGAUGCUGGGAUACAGAGGCAUGGGCCUGUCUAUGGGGAGUAUGAUCUGUGGCUGGGAUAAGCAGGGUCCAGGCCUGUACUAUGUGGAUGACAAUGGCACACGUCUCUCUGGCCAGAUGUUUUCCACUGGCUGUGGGAACAGCUAUGCAUAUGGUGUCGUGGACAGUGGUUAUCCUGAAGAUAUGAUGGUGGAGGAGGCAUAUGAGCUGAGCCGUUGUGGUAUCGCUCAUGCCACACACAGAGAUACUUACUCUGGUGGUGUGGUCAACCUUUACCACAUGCAGGAGGAUGGCUGGAUCAAGGUGUGUAAGGAGGACGUGUCAGAGUUAAUCCACCGCUAUAAGAAGGGAAUGUUCUGAUCACAUCUGAUCUCUUAUUCAUGCAAAUUUCGCUCUUUUAUUAUUUGAUCUGACAGUAAAAAUUAAACUGUUCUCAAAUCA